AGGAGAGAGAGACUGAGAGAGAGAGAGAGUGUUCACAGGGUUCACUCUCAGUACCUAAGGGAAACAGUUUGAAGGACACUGAAGUCACAGAGCUUCACAGACACUAAACGCUAAACCAGCUCUGCCCUGGAGAGCCUCCAGCCCUGAGAAAGUCUACCCUUCACACUACUCUACCUUGGGGUGCUACACUCAUAUCCAAGGACACCGAGGACUUUCUUUUUUGACCGAGUAAAAAAAAAAGCCUGAGCGAUGGCGGAGGCUCACCAGGCGGUGGGCUUUCAGUUCACCGUCACCCCCGACGGGAUCGACCUUCACCUGAGCCGGGAGGUGCUCAAGCACAUUUACCUGGCGGGAGUGACGUCAUGGAGGAAGCGGGCAAUUCGGUUCAAGAACGGCAUCCUUACUGGGGUUUACCCUGCCAGUCCGUCGAGCUGGCUGAUCGUUGUGGUGGCGAUAAUGAGCACCAUGUACGCCAGGAUAGACCCCUCUAUGGGCAUGAUCGACAGCAUCAAACAAACCCUGCCUGUAAGUGACUAUCUGACAGUACAGACUCAGACAAUCGUCAGCGCCAUACUGUUUGCCACAGGCCUGUGGCUUUCCCUCAUCUUCGUCCUGCGGUAUACCCUCAAAGUACUGCUGGCCUACCACGGCUGGAUCUUCGAACCUCACGGCCAUGUGAGCUGCUCCACCAGGCUGUGGAUGAGGCUUGUGAAGAUGUUCUCUGGACGAAGGCCUCUGCUCUACAGCUUCCAGUCAUCCCUACCCAGACUGCCAGUUCCCAGAGUGAGCGAUACCAUUAAAAGGUACCUGGAGUCUGUGCGCCCUCUACUGGACGAUGAGCAGUACAAACAAAUGGAGAUUGUUGCCAAUGAUUUCAAAAAGACGCUUGCCCCAAAGCUACAGCGAUACCUGGUUCUGAAGUCCUGGUGGGCAACAAAUUAUGUGAGUGACUGGUGGGAGGAAUACAUUUACCUGAGGAGCAGAAGUCCCAUCAUGGUCAAUAGUAACUUCUAUGUUAUGGAUCUGCUGUACGUGACGCCCACCCACCGGCAGGCCGCCAGGGCGGGGAACGCCGUCCACGCCAUGCUGCAGUACCGCCGCAAGCUGGAGCGCGGGGAGCUUGCGCCGCUGAGAGCUCUCGGGGUAGUGCCUAUGUGCUCCUACCAGAUGGAGAGAAUGUUCAACACUACCAGGAUCCCUGGCAUUGAGACAGAUUUCGUGCAGCACCUGAAGGACCGCAAGCACCUGGUGGUGUACCACAAGGGCCGCUUCUUCAGGGUGGGGCUUUACUAUGGGGGGCGGCACCUGUGGCCUGGGGAGCUGGAGACCCAGUUCCAGAGGAUCCUGGACGACCCGUCCGAGCCGCAGCCCGGGGAGCUGAAGCUGGCCGCGCUGACCGCCGGAGAGAGGGUCCCCUGGGCCAGGGCGCGGCUGAAGUACUUCAGCCAGGGCGUAAACAGGGCGUCCCUGGAGGCCAUCGAGACGGCGGCGUUCUUCCUCACCCUGGACGACGAGGCGCACGGGUACGACCCGGAGAAGCUCCGAUCCCUGGACCUGUACGCCAAGUCCCUGCUCCACGGGAAGUGCUACGACAGGUGGUUUGAUAAGUCCUUCAACCUGAUAGCCUAUAAGAACGGGAAACUGGGCCUGAAUGCGGAGCACUCCUGGGCCGACGCCCCUAUUGUGGGUCACAUGUGGGAGUAUGUUUUGGCCACUGACUGUUUCCACUGGGGCUACACCGAAGACGGACACUGCAGGGGGGACGUGAACAAGGACCUUCUUCCUCCCACUAAACUGCAGUGGGACAUUCCCCCACAGUGCCAGGAGGUUAUGGAGAGCUCCUACAUUCUGGCCAAGGAGAUCGCGGAUGACGUGGACUUCCACGGCUGCCUGUUCGAUGACUUCGGGAAAGGCCUGAUCAAGAAGUGCAGGACGAGCCCGGACGCCUUCAUCCAGCUGGCCCUACAGCUGGCUCACUUCAGGGAUAAGGGAGAGUUCUGUUUGACAUACGAGUCCUCGAUGACGCGGAUGUUCAAAGAAGGCAGGACAGAGACCGUCCGCUCUUGCACCAAUGAAUCCACUGCGUUCGUCCGUGCAAUGGAGGACCCUGACAAAUCCAAUGAAGAGAAGCUCGCGCUGUUCCGCAGAGCAGCGGAGAAGCACCAGCACAUGUACCGCCUCGCCAUGACCGGCUCGGGCAUCGACCGCCACCUCUUCUGCCUCUACAUCGUGUCCAAGUAUCUGGGCAUCGACUCGCCAUUCCUCAAGCAGGUGCUCUCUGAACCAUGGAGGCUCUCCACCAGUCAGACGCCCCAGCAGCAGCUCAACCUGGUCGAUUACCAGAAGUUUCCACAAUACGUCAGCGCCGGAGGAGGGUUUGGACCGGUGGCUGAUGAUGGCUAUGGUGUUUCUUACAUCAUCGUGGGAGAGCAUCUCGUCACGUUCCACAUCUCCAGCAAAUUCUCCAGCCCAGAGACGGACUCCUAUCGGUUCGGGCAGAACAUUCGCCAGGCCAUGCUGGACAUCCGAGCUUUAUUUAACGUCAAGGAGAAGAAGAUGGUAUGAAGGAUGCUGAUAUUUUUACACCUCGGCCGCCACCCCUCCCACUUUGGAAAGCGCUGUGAUUUUCAGACGACCUUCGCUGAAAUCAAUGGGGGUAAAUUGUAAAGUUAAUGUACAGUUGUUAUCUUAGAAAGCCCUGUGUUAGAAUGCAUAGCUUGUCCUAAAUGUGGACUAAGAUUAGCCUUAGACUCUGACAUGUAUUCAGACAAAUGUCCUACACUUUCAGUAUUGUGUUCAGCAGGCUGCAAUACUGAUCAAAUUAUUACUUUUUUAAUGAAUGCAUGUCUUUUAAACACCCAAAAAAAGAAGCACAGCUAUAUAGAUGGAGGAUAUGCAAGGUAUAAAAAUAUAAAAAUGACCAAAGGUCAAGACAAAACAAAAAUAAUUUAUGACGAACUUUAUAUAUAUAUAUAUAGUGUCAGUUCUUACUUACCAUGUACUUAGUGUAAUUAGUGAAAAAGCUUGUGUAAAUAUUUCUACAUAUUUAAGGUUAAUAAUUUUAAGUUAUGUUAAAAAUGUUAAACUGUAAAUGCAAACUUGUUGCGACUGACUUGUAUAUACAUUAACAGUGUGUGGACUCUAAUGUGAGCAAGAAUGUAUCCCUCUUGUCCCCCGUCCCACUCCCAUCAGCCACCACUGUCCACUGUCUUUUGCAGAGUUAAGAGAAACACUGACUGUGUAUCUGAGAAUUAUCUGAAAUAAAAUGUGA